AUGGCUUCGGAGGAAGAUUGCAUGAAAGCACUAUCAAGGGAGGUUUGCGAUAUUGACGGAAUCCCAUAUCAUGCCUUCCACUGGACACCAGAUUUUAAGGAGGAGGAAGAACCAUCAAUUGUUCCGGUUUGGAUUGUAUUACCAGGUUUGCCUCCUAGCUUUUAUCAUGAAUCUUUGCUUAAAAUUUUGACAGCUCCUAUAGGUAAAUUUAUUAGGAGUGAUAAUCCUAUGCGUUGUGCGACUCGCACUGAUGGUGCGCGUAUCUGUGUGGAGAUGGAUGCUGCCAUUGAACCUAUUUCUCAUUUUUGGAUUGGGACGUCGGGGUUGGGUUCUAGUCGCAAGCAAGAUAUUGUGUAUGAAACAUUGCCUGCAUUCUAUUCUAAAUGUAAAAUCCAAGGGCACAACGUGCGUACUUGUCAGGCUGGGAAAAAGAGACUUGAAAAUAAAACUUGGGUUCGGCAACAACAAACAGUUGUUGAAGAACAAGAACCAACUAUUGAAGAGCCUAAAGAACCAGCUAUUGAGGAACCUAGGGUGGAAGACCAAACAAAGUUGGUUCAGGAGCCCAAGGAUUUAACGUUACCUAUAGUUACUGCAGAACAAGAAGCUGCAAAAUAUAUUAAUUCGGAGGUUAAUCUGGUAAUCAGGGCCUCUGCAUCUGCUUUGUUGAUUGAAGAGUUGGUAGUGGAUACAGAACAUGGUGAGGCUGUUAAUACGAAGAGUUCUGCAGAGGUGAGGCAAAAUAAGGUAAUUUUGGAAAUAGACGCUGUGAUGCGGGAGGCAGAGGAGGCUAUGGAAACGUUGGUUGAGGAAGUAUAUAUUAGUGCUACGGAGGUGGAUACAGAGCAGACGGAGGAGUACCAAAGGAAAGAUGAUGCGUUUUGUUUGGAAGAAGGGUCAUUAUCAGAUUCGGAGCCUGAUAUACAUGCUGAAGUUUUUCUGCAGGACAAGGAGUAUCAUUCAGAAAUAGAGGAAGAAGCUGGGAAGAGGAAAUAUAGGAAAAAAAAUUUGAGAAAAUUAGGAAUUAGGAGUUCUAAUAGGGUGAUUACUCGAGCCACAAAAUUGUCUUUAUGA